AUGCACGGGGUCAAUAUCGCGUUCACAGCCGUCUGGAAGCGCUCGGAUCGGCUGCGGGGGAACAACUACGCUCCAGGUGAACGUCGUACCCCAAGGGUGGACCAGACUACUAUGUUUAGUCUUGCUGUUCGGAUGAGCUUUAACAAAUCGAAAAAUGAUCCUGCAGAAAUCUACGAUAAUCCAAGCCUUCAACGUUCUGCAAGGCUUUAUGACCGCAUCAGAGGUCAGCAUUUGAACCAGCAAAACAUAGGUCAAGACGAUGGACAAGAUUCUGGCCAACAGAAUCGAAAUUCCGGUCAGCGACGCUGGCGACGGUUUCUUCGGCGGCCUUUAAGCCAACGACGUGAUGAUGAUAACGGUUUUCGACGUGAUCGCUAUAGAUAUCAAGAUAGUCGUCGACAUGACUAUGGUCCUAGACGAAGUCGCUAUGAAGAUCAGUAUGAAGGCGAGCGUGAAGAUUAUGAUCGUCCAACUGACGUUUAUGUGGAAGAUCAUUACGAUGACCGUCAUGGAGAGGGGCACGGUCGAGGUGGCCAUCACGGCGGUCGCCAUCAUGGAGGUAGCCACCGUGGUGGAAUGCAUCAUGGACGAGGUCAACAUGGAGGGAGACAUCAUGGGGGUCACCACAGUGAGGAGCGGCCCUAUGGAGGAGGUCAUAGGGGAAACCAUCAUGGGGAGGGCAGCCAUGAAAGAGGUCACCAUGAAGGUCAUCAUGGAGGUCAUCAUGGAGAAGGUCACCAUGAAGGAGGUCAUCGUGGAGGUCACCAUGGAGAAGGUCACCAUGGAGGAGGUCCUCAUGGAGGUCACCAUCAUGGGGAGGGCGACAACGAACGAGGUUACGAUGGUGAAGAACAUCAUGGCGGUCACCACAAUGGAGGUUGCCAUGGCGAUUAUCAUGAUGGAGGUGGCAGAUGCUAUCGCCGGAGCAACCGACGAAACAGAUACCCUAGCUACCAUCGCGACUACUCUGACGAUUGGCGCAGUUAUGAUCCACAUUGUGGCGUGAAAGGAAUGGAAUUAGGCUACCACUGCACACAGGACUACGAAUGGACCGUCAUCCCACCACCACCCUACGAUAGAGAAAUUACGACAUUCAUUGACGAAGGUGAAUACCAGCCACCAACAUAUGACGUGAUUGAUCGUACAACUGAAUAUUACGAGUAUGGUCGUCGAACUGAUGACGAGAAUGGUCGUCGAACUGAUGACGAGAAUGGUCGUCCAACAUAUGACGAGAAUGGUCGUCGAACUGAUGACGAUAAUGGUCGUCGAACUGAUGACGAUAAUGGUCGUCGAACUGAUGACGAGAAUGGUCGUCCAACAUAUGACGAGAAUGGUCGUCGAACUGAUGACGAUAAUGGUCGUCGAACUGAUGACGAUAAUGAUCGUCGAACUGAUGACGAUAAUGAUCGUCGAACUGAUGACGAGAAUGGUCGUCGAACUGAUGACAGGAAUGGUGGUCGGAGGAGGAUUCCAAGAAGUGUCAGGUAUUAUGGUUCCAAAACAUAUUGA